AAAACAAGGGGACGGUAAUAAUACGAUAAUGAUGGGAUACUGAAUACUACUCUGGACGAUCUUCAACCAAACUUAACGUAUACAUUCAUUCAUUUUUUGCCCAUUUCGACCUGCCAGUCAGCAGUCAGCCAGUCUCUAGCCCAGAAACAAGAAACAAGAAAGCAGAAGCCGAACGAGUCAAGAAACGCUCCGCGCGCGUGCCCCGAUCCCGUCAGCGAAUCCGACUCGACCCUAAAAAAAACUAGUAUUCUAGUACACGCUUACACGCACGCAACUUGGAAAGCUCGUAUUUCUCCAUUUUCACCGCCACGCGCGAUGACAACCCCAGUCUCGGGGUCUUCACUCCCUCAGGCCCGAGACGUACAUCAACACAAUCAUUUUCACCACUCGAGAGACAGCCACAGCCGUCAUUAUCAACACACCCACCACAACCAUCACGCUCGUUCUCAAAACAGCAACGACUCCAGUAAAAGGGGCCACAAACGCACUGAAUCCGAUGAACCCACUAUUAUCGUUGAGACAGUUUCCGUUCUUCAGAUAAUCGAUUCGUCUGGUGCGACCGUUACUCUUCAGACACUUACGCCCUCAGGAGGACCAACGCCUGCGACCACCAUCAAUCCUGGACCCGACACCACCACCGUCGACCCGGCCACCGAAUCCGCAUCUGCUCCGGCUUUCUCUUCUACUUCGACAGCAACCAGCGACGAUGCAGGCGCCGAUACAUCAUCGACAACUUCUACUUCAACGAUAGACCCGACCGUAACACCGUCGGAGUCUUCGAUGCCUACUUCGUUUCCCACGUUAUCUUAUUCGCCUUUGACGUCCACUCCUUUAUCAGGCUCUUCCGUUUUUCCUUCCUUGGCUGGCGUGACUAAUACAACCCAAGGUCCGUCAUCAUCUUUAUCUUCUGAAUCAUCAUCUACUUCGUUUGCUAUCCCUACCACGUCACUUUCAGUAUCUGACUUGUCUGAAGCGUCGUCAUCAUCGACUUCGAUUAUUUCUAGCAGCAGCAACAGUACUUCUUCUGCUUCUACUUCUACUUCUUCAGUUCUUUCGUUUUCCGCGGAAAGUAUCAAUAGCUCUUCUACAUCAUCGGUAUUGUCUAGUAGUAGUUCACUUUCUUCUGAUUCUUCGUCGUCCACUUCGGCAACGACCACGACAAGCUCCGUUUCUAGCUCCGCAUCGAUCACUUCCGAUUCGUCCUCCUCCGCAUUUGCAUCCUCCACGGGAUCAGGUGGCGGCGAUGUUGGCCUCGGAGGCAAUGUGCAACCAUCCUCUUCGAGCACCUCAACGGCCGAUGGCGCUUCUGGCUCAUCCUCCAGUGGGCCCGGUGCAGCCACGGUCGCGGGUAGCGUGCUAGGAGGCGUGGCUGCGCUCGCAGCCCUGUUGAUCCUUGCACUAUACCUUCUCCGGUGGAAGAAGCGCCAGAACACCAAGCAGCUCAUGCGUGGCUCCGGCAGCGAGCGCGGUCCCGGUGGUGCGCUGGUUGGAAAUUCUGGCCCCACCGACGGAGGAGGGAAUGCUGGCAGCAUGUCGGAGACACGACGAUCGGUCCCCUUCGCGAUUCCCGCGGCGCUCGCCAGCCUGACCGGACAUAAGCGAAAUUCUACACGCAGCGGUGCCUCGUCGGACGGUGGCGAGAGAGGGUUUUCCAAGGUGUCUGGUAGGAAGUUGCCUCCAGUUAUACAGUUCGGAGGCGAUGGCUACUCGGACCCCCGGGACACCAUCCUAAGCGACCAGUCGAUAGAGUACCGGGACUCGCAGGCUUUCCCCGGCUUGAGUAGCACGGGACCGACUAGGUUAGCCGUUGGUGCUCCGAUGCGGCCGGAGAGCGGUAUCCCUGUUUACAACCCGGGGCCGGCCCGGACGCCCAUUACGGAGCAAGCUCCCUAUACCCCGGAUACGUCGCCCCUUGAGCCUCCUCCCAGAGAUCCACUCGGGCCAUCUCGACCUUCCCAGGACGGUUCGAACCGCUCCCACGUUUCGGUUUCCCGGUUCACCGAGGUGUUAUGACCCUUGGAGUGAUAUACCCUUACCUUUGCGCUUGUA